AUGGCCUCGCUUCUCGACCAGCUUGACCAUGACUACGACGGAGCCGAGACUCGGGAGGUGUCGCUGUCUUCCCCACUCGUGGACCAGCCGUGUUCUGCGGUAAUGGACAGUGGGCCGUCGCCAGCUGAGACUUCGACAGGUGGCGCGGGUGACGACUCCGGAAUCGACCUCGACACCGACGGCGACUCCCCCAUGACCAGUGACACCCCGACUCCCGGCCCAAGCACCGACGACAACUGCAGCAAGCUUUCCGCUGACGAUGCACCCACUCCACCUACCGACUCACCCAGCAACGACAGCGAGGAAGGCUCCGAGUCCGACGCCGAGUCUUCCCUGAGUUCUCCCACCGUUCGCUUCCUUUCCCUCUCAGACACACUGAGGGAGUGUGCCCGUCGCGACGCCGAGCUCGAAGGCGCACGCCGCGAAAUUGAUCAGCGGCAGGUAGAGCUUCGCGGCAAGGAGGGUCAGAUUGCCCGCCGUGAUGGCGAGAUUGAGAAGCUGACAAGGGAGCUGCAGCUGAAGAGCGAGGCACUCGCGCAGAAGGAGGCUGAGCUCGUGCAGAAGAAUGAGGAGGUCGAGACGCUGCGCAAGGAGCUUGAGGCAGAGAAGCUGCUCGCGAAAGAGUCGCAUCAGUCUUCCUCCUCGAGCACCAAAGCGAGUACAGACCAGUCAUGCACCAGCCAAGAUAACCGGAAGGACAUAGGAAGGGAGCUCAAGACUCUGCGCAAGGCGCACCGUAAGCUCACAGCACAGAUCGCAGUCCAAUAUAAAAUGAUCGCCUCACUCCGUGCACUUGUCGAGGAAGCUGAUAAGCGGUAUGGCAAUCUGUAUCCGAUGGAGAAGGCUAUUGUGAUCCUCAGCGCAAUUUACGGUGAGAAGUUGCGAGGUCAACCUACCAUUAUGAACCGCUUCCGCCGCUUCAUGGCCGGCAGUUAUCCAAGCAACAUCGACAAGCGCCUCAACGUCAGCAUAGCGGACCUCAAAGCCGCACUGGAGCCACUGGAGCAGUAUCUCGGAAAAGCGGUCGGCCAGCGCAACACAGUUGCGCACCCCAGCAACGACAUGAAGCACUUUCUGCAGUGGGACCUCGACCAGAUCGCGGCCCGCGGAACACUCGGAGACAUCGCUCUACACCGCACUCUCGUCGAGUGCGCCAAGUCUCAUCCUUACGGUCACCGUGCUGGACAGCAUUCCGCUCGUGUCGAGGAGGUUGAGAGGGAGAAGCGUGCCCCUCCCGUGUUCUACGUCGAGGACUCGGAUGAGGAGGACAUCAGAGAGAUUGUGGAGAGCGCGCCGAUGACGAGAAGUGCGCCGGUGAGCGAAGCGUCGUCGUUGGAGGAGGGAGAGAUUGAUGAGAGGAAGAGGAAGGGUACAGGAAAGAGGGGGAAGAAGAGGAAAGCACCGACAGUCUCGAGCAAGGAAGACGAAGGGGCAAGUGAGAGCGACCGCGAGCGGAGGGUGGGACCGACCUGGGCUACCGCCGGGGCAGGAGGCGAGAGCGUCGAGAAUCGUUCCUUGCCCCAGGCCGAACAACAGUCUGAGAGGGUAGAGAGGGAGACAGAGGAUGGCUUACACAUGAGCGAUAGGCCGCAGAAGCGGCUGCGUCGAUGA